AUGCAGACAGAUGAAAACAACAGCAAAACCACCUUGGCACAAAUCUUGUUAGCCGUUGCCCUCGGCUUCAUCAUUGCCGCGGUGAUGCAUUAUCGUCAACGAAAGAUUAAACAUGAGAAGAUCAUUCCACGCUUAAGGGUCUCGGACUCCAGCCGUGUUCAUAAGAUCGAAAGGUUCCCCCAUUAUGUAGCUAGGCAGCUGGGAUUUCAAGAUAGAAGAGAAUGUCCAAACCUCUGUAAAUUGGCCACCGAAUACAUGAGAAAAUGCGACGGCUUUGAGGAUGAUAUCUACAGUUUCUUUUCUAGUGAACCGGAUGCAGAUUCGUUGUUUGUGAAGCUUCUGGAGGAAUUUGAGAGAUGCAUCCUCAGUUAUUUUGCAUUUCAUUGGAACGAAGCUGAUCUAAUGAUUAGUCAGGUCUUGAGUUGUGAUACUGAUCAGCCGAGGAAGAAGCUUAAGAACAUUGUCAUGGCAGCGACCAGGGAACAAAGAUUUGAAAGGGUGACCAAAAAUUUGAAGGUGGCUAGAGUUUUCACAACGUUACUAGAGGAGAUGAAAGCAAUGGGACUAGCCGCGGUGGAUGACUCGACAUGUACAGAGGUGAUGGCUCCGGUGGCUCAUGCUGAUAGAAGUCCAGUCCUCCUCUUCAUGGGAGGUGGAAUGGGAGCAGGAAAAAGCACUGUGCUUAAGGACAUUCUCAAAGAGCCAUUCUGGGCCGGAGCAGCAGGGAAUGCAGUAGUGAUCGAAGCAGAUGCCUUUAAGGAAUCGGAUGUCAUAUACAGAGCUCUCAGCUCCAGAGGGCAUCACGACAUGCUUCAAACAGCUGAACUGGUACACCAAUCAUCUACAGACGCAGCAUCAUCCCUUCUGGUCACAGCACUUAACGAAGGGCGAGAUGUGAUCAUGGAUGGCACACUCUCAUGGGUACCAUUUGUUGUUCAGACUGUAACAAUGGCCAGAAAUGUCCACCGCCGGCGUUAUCGCAUGGGAGCUGGUUAUAGGGUGAAUGAUGAUGGAACUGUCAUUGAAAACUAUUGGGAACGAAUCGAAGAUGAAGAACCAGAACAUGUAGAAGGCAGAAAGAGAAAACCAUACAGGAUAGAGCUCGUUGGAGUUGUGUGUGAUGCUUAUCUGGCUGUUAUAAGAGGAAUAAGGAGAGCUAUCGUGUGUAGAAGAGCUGUUCGAGUAAACUCACAACUGAAAUCCCACAAGAGAUUUUCCGAGGCAUUUAAAACAUAUUGCCAAAUAGUUGACAAUGCUAGACUAUAUAGCACUAAUACCUUGGAAGGGCCACCUAAGUUGAUAGGAUGGAAAGACAAAGACAAGACCUUGCUGGUUGAUCCAGAUGAAAUCGAUUGCUUAAAAAGGGUGGCCAGAUUAAAUGACAGAGCGACUUCGAUAUAUGAACUUUACAAGCACCCUAACCCAGCUUGUCAAAAGGGGUCAGUUUGGAAGGACAUUGUCUUGUCACCUUCGAGGGUAAACAUUCAACAGGAGCUGAAGUACUCUAUCCAGAAAGUAGAAAGAUUGAAACAAUAA